AUGGUGGAUAGGAAAAAGAAGAAUCUUGUCAGCCAAAGAUCCUUGGACCAUGGGUUUCAUGGAGCAGGGGGAAUUCUAAGAGAUCAAAGAGGCGACGUAGUUGGUUCUUUCAAGUGCUUCUUAGGCGUCCAGUCAAAUUACUUUGCGGAAUUCAAAGCUUUGUCAAAAGGUAUCCUCCUUGCCAAGCAAUUGAAUGCGACUUGGUUGUGGAUUGAAUCAGAUUCUUCUGCGGCUAUUUUGGCUUUUCAGAUUCACUCUAUUCCAUGGUAUAUCUGUGAGGAUUGGAUCUCAUGUCUUAGCUUCCUUGAAUCCAUUAGCUGGAAAAUAACCCAUUGUUUUCGUGAAGCAAAUGUGGUGGUUGAUAACCUAGCUAGGGAUGCGGCUAAGUCUGGAAAUUCAAGCUGUCCUGCUUCUUUCCUAGCUCACAUUAGCUCUGAAAUUGGUUUUGAUGCAAAUUCUCUUCCCAAAUUCUGCUUUAUGUAA